UUUGACUUUGGAAAUGUACAGUUAGAAAUAAUCUUUCUUUACAUCCAUGUUGCGCGUUAUCAUAAUUUUUGCAUGUAUGUGCAUAGUAAAAGGGCAGUUUGUUAAACGUUUUGAGUUUGAGAGUGUUUUGGAGGGAAAAGGCACCAGGCGAAUUCCAUGGCGCUCUGGGGCAUCAAAUUUAGCCUCGCUGCACAUGUUCAAGGGCGAUAUCAUUGCUGUAAAUUUGUGUCUACCGGAAGCAACGUCCGUCACUAUUCAUGACCUGAUAUACUCCAAUGAUGGCGAAAGCGACAGAUUAGAAGUGUUUCUGGACAAUGUAAAUACUGGAAUUGUGAACACGGAGGCAAACAGUGGUGGAUUUGGGCGAUUCUGGGAUAAUUUCAAGUCGUCAGGGCAAGUAGCUUUGAGUCAGAAAUUGUCUCCUGGGAACCAUACCCUCGCGAUAUCUGUAACAGAAGGAGACUGUUAUGGCAGUGAAUUUGACGCUCUAGAAAUAUCUCUAAGUGUCAACGUCAGUGAGCAGCAACUAUGGUGUUACUCUGAACUUCAAUAUGCCGACAAGCCGACAGCUUGUGCGGAGAACAUUGACAAACCUGAAGUGUUAACAACUUCACAAGCUCCAAGUCCGACUACAAAAGCACAUAGUGAUACUACAGUGGCACAAACUUUAAUUACAGCAGCCCAACAGCCAACAACUCCUAGUCCAGUCACACGAGCUUUUAGUCCAACCCCACAAGUUUCUCGUGUAGCAACACAAACGCCUAGCCUAAAACCAAAAGCGCCUAGUUCAGCAACAUCAACGGCUAGUCCAACAACACAAGCGCUUAGUUCAACAACACAAGCGCCUAGUUCGACAACACAAGCAUCUAGUUCGACAACACAAGAGCCUAGUUCGACAACACAAGCGCCUAGCUCGACAUCACAAGCGCCUAGUUCGACAACACAAGCGCCUAGUUCAACAACUCAAGCGCGUAGCUCAACAACAUCAACGUUUAGUCCAACAACACAAGCGCCUAGUUCAACAACACAAGUACCUAGUUCGACAACAUCAACAGCUAGUCCAACAACACAAGCGCGUAGCUCAACAAUACCAACGCCUAGUCCAACAACGCAAGCGCCUAGUUCGACAACACCAACGCCUAGUCCAACUACAACACCUUUAGCUAUUGUAGAAACAACAGAUACUCAAACGGAAGCAACACCGGUGCCUGAUACUGUACAGCAGCUUAGUUUUGAGACAACCUGCAAAGAUGAUACAAACGUUAACAUUAAGUUCAACCCAUCCGUUUUCCGAAAUACGAAAGUCAUUGCAAGAGUAAUUGAUAGUAUCAAUGUGGCUGAUGGUCAAGGCAAAGGAAAAAGUCAAGGUAGGAAAAACGCUGGAACCAAACCAAACAGAGCUCGGAGAACGAGACGGCGGAGUCAAAGACAAGAUAGAAUCAAACGAGGGGCCAUUGAUGUCGUAAUGUGCGAAAGCUCCAUAUGGCAAAUCGGCGUGGAAGAUAAGAGCAAUAACGAACUUGGCGAUGUUAGUCAGAAAACGAAUAUCAGCUACAAAGUAGACCAAACAAACAGUUUCUUCUUGUUUCCUGGGACAAUUGACCCUCGUGUUACCAGACAUGCUUCUAUAAAAUAUUACAUACCGAAGAGGUUUAAUAUUCGGAGAGGAAGACUUGAUUUGACCCUUGGUCUGGUAAAAAACACAAGUGAAAAUGUAAAUAUUGGACUACAGUAUCAUAACAGAGCCAAAAAAUUGCCAUCUGACGUUGAAUAUGAAACCUUUUCUCCAAGUAAAAUUGUCUCUGAGUGGGAUUUUCCAGCAAACGCGGUUUCGCCGUCCCUGCAAAAUGAACUUACAUUGGUAUUCGACAAUGCUUCGUCGAUUCCCAUCAGCAUCGAUUAUGUUCGAUUGAGUUACCGGAAACAAGACUGGCCGACUACACCACAGUUAUUUUCUGACGGCAAAACGUGGCGAGUGCGUGGACGUCAGUAUAGAGAACGUAAGAAUCGACGGGGAAAACAGUUGCCCGUCACAGAAGGAAUGAGGAUCAACGUCGAUGAUGUUGCUCAAACAGGUCUGUACAAGAAAGUUAUGUUUUCUCCUAAAAGCUUACCAGGCAUCAGGGUGCUUACAAUUUAUGAAAAUGGCGAGCUUUUUGUGAACCACGAGACCAGAAAGGGGCGUAGGAUGAGUCGAGGCGACCGACAGGCUGGCCAACAAACUGACGUUUCCGGUUUUACGCUCGGGGGCAGGGAGCAUGCCGUUGCUUCCGUAGAUAUUGAUACAAACAAGGACGAGGUAAAUGUUAACUUAGAGGGAGGAAAUUAUGUGAAGUUUCUUCUUGCAUAUACAAAAACCGAGACUACAUUAACUGUGUUGGACACUAACAUGGAUUCCGGACCAUUGUCAUUCUUUUCUACGUAUAUAUCGGGCGCAUCUGCCGCAGUUACGGAUAUGACCGUUGACGGUCAAACAACGUAUAAAAUUAUGGACCUGUCUAUCGGCAACAGUAAAGGAAAAACGUUUAAAUUUGUAAAGAAUAAUGCUGACAAUAGUUUUGAUGUUAGUGAUGAAAUAGAAAUUGUUUUCCCAUAGCUGUCGAUCAUAUAAAACGAAUGGUCGAUUAUAAUAUUAUAAAUAUUUAGUUAGUUCGCUAUACUAAAUGUAUGCUUUGUACCUUUCUAAUUUGAACCAACUUAAUACAUGUAAGAGUGGUGUACUGUUUACAGAUUAUUCCAAUUCCUUUCAAGAAUAUUACUUCUUAAGAAUAACGUUUUAUUGAAUAUAUAGUAAAAGUGAACUGCAAUUCGUAAUCAACAAUGACCCCGGUGCUAUAAUUUGAAUUUUGUGUGAACAGACGACAUCAUGUUGCGCACAAAAUGCAUAUGUUUAACGAUUUUCCAAGACACAAAAGAUUUCUGUCAAUCGGCAAAAAUGCAAUAUAUAAACUAUUACGUACUUUAAUGUUUAAUCUUAUUAAUGGUAUUAUUAUUAUUAAUUAAAUAAUAAUAAUAAUAAUUUGGCAUUUGCAGCGUCAAAAACAUAUUAAAACGGAGAGGCGUCUGGCUUUGUUUGUUCCGAAACUAACAUGACUUUCAGAAAAGCGAAGAUGGUUACCAGAUGUAAGUGUAUAGAUUAUGUACAGAUUAAAAUGAACCGCCAUAUCUUAAAUAUGACAUCACUCAGCAAUUUGUUUGACUAACGUUUGAUAGAGUGUAUUCACAAAUACAUUGAGGCAGAAAUGCCAAUGAGUAUAUAGCGUUAUUGCAAUGACAUACAGAAAACAUAGUGAUCAAGGUCAUACAUACAUAUGUACACAUAAAUACUGAUAUACAUAUUAUAUAUGUUAUAGUGGAAGUACAAGCUAAACAAAGGAAUAAAUAACCUUGACUUUGCGGUGUUUUUGUUGUUGUUUGCUUGUGUUGUUAUUUUUAUUUUUUUUA